UGUUUUGGCUCGGGCGCUAAUCGCAUCAUGUAGAGAGGAUGAGGAUGGUGUGUGAGUCAGAGGCUUAAUCGAGAUAUUUCCUGAUUGUGUCUGAGCUGCGUGAUUUUUGGUUUCUUAUCCUUUAAAAUAAAUAAAUAAAUAAAAUAAGCAGAGAUGAAAAUGGAUUUAACCGCCAUGAUAGACGCGCUGGAGACGCGAGAGCAGGAAGCGGCACUGCGCGCGCUGCAGAUCUACAAUAAAGAGAAGAGUCAGUGUUUCAUAUUUCCAUCAGAGGAACAAGAGGACAGAGAGCGUCUGGGCGAGCUUCUCCUGUCCUUUCUGGAUCGAGACGUCCAGCCUUCGUGUAAGCUGGCGUGUUUGGAGACGAUCCGCAUCCUGUCACGUGAUAAAAGCAGCCUGGCUCCGUUCUCCAGCCGCCGCGCCAUUCACACACUCGCAUGUCACGCUGCACUCGCGCCCGUUGAGGGGUUCGGGCCACAAGUCGCCGACCUGGAUGUGAUCGUGGAGGCGCUGAAGUGUCUCUGCAACAUCAUACUGAACAGCUGCGAGGCACAGGAAGCCGCCGCGCACUUGAGUCUCAUGGUGGGCGUGGCCGAGCGUCUGAAACAGUGCCGCGAGUCUCAGUGGAGCUCGGACGUGCGCUUCUUCGACCUACGGCUGGCGUUCCUGCUGACGGCACUGCGUGUAGACGUGAGGGCUCAGCUGGCCCGGGAGCUCAGGGGUGCUCGGAUUCUGGCCGACGCCCUCGACGCCACGCUCGGCCUGCAGUGGACCGACGCCUAUGAGGUUUCCCGCUCGGGCGCGGAGGGGCCGAACGAUCUUCCACCACUCGGGAGGAGUGAGACGGAGCGAGCCAUGGAGAUCCUGAAGAUCCUCUUCAACAUCACCUACGAUACGGGACGCCGCAAAGUGGACGAGGAGGAGGCGGCAACGUACAGACACCUGGGAGCCAUACUGAGACACUGCUUAAUGAGUACAGCCGAGGGAGAGGAACGCACAGACGAGUUCCACGGUCACACAGUGAACCUGUUAGGGAAUCUCCCCCUGCCGUGUUUGGACGUGUUGCUGAUGCCCAGAGUCCAGCUCGGCUCCAUUGAGUACAUGGGAGUGAACAUGGAUGCAGUGAAGAAACUGCUGGAGUUCAUGGAGAAAAGACUAGACAGAGGGAAUAAGCUGAAGGAGACGCUGCUGCCGUGUCUCAACCUGCUGACGGAGAGCGCUCGCAUCCACCGAGAGACACGCAAAUUCCUGCGAAUGAAAGUUCUCCCCCCACUGCGUGAUGUUAAGAAUAAGCCCGAGGUGGGAAACGCUCUGAGGAAUAAACUGGUGCGUCUGAUGACUCACAUCGACACGGAUGUGAAGACCUGCGUUGCCGAGUUCCUCUUCGUCUUGUGUAAAGAGAGCGUGUCCCGGUUCAUCAAGUACACGGGUUAUGGGAACGCCGCAGGCCUGCUGGCGGCUCGAGGUCUGAUGCGGGGCGGCUGGGAGCCGGGACAUUACUCUGAGGAUGAGGACAGUGACACGGAGGAGUACAGAGAGGCCAAGCCACACAUUAAUCCUGUGACGGGUCGAGUGGAAGAAGAGCAGCCGAACCCGAUGGAGGGAAUGACGGAGGAGCAGAAGGAGUACGAGGCCAUGAAGCUGGUCAGCAUGUUCGAUAAACUCUCCAGGGAUCAUGUGAUUCAGCCCAUGAAGCUCGGCCCGGAUGGAAAAAUGACCAAACUGGAGCCACACGAGCUGCACUGCCUCACACAGCAGCCGUUUACUGGGCAGAGGAACGAUGAAGACGAGGAGGAGGAAGAGGAGGAGAUCUCAGACUGAACACGCUCAGAGAGAACGGCCGUGUGACCUGCUGUUGGGAUGAGAAACGGACUCGGGAGUGAAAAUUAGAAUAAAAUCACACACACAUGCGUCUUACUGUCCUUGUGAGGAUUUUUGACAUAGUUAUUAAUUCUGCUAAUUAACACUAAGCUACAGCUACCGCUAACCUUUCAGCCCUUUUAGUGGUUAUUUUUUAUUUUUAAAAAGCUCCAGUGCAAAGUUUUCCUCAUGAGGAGCAGCAGGACGUCCCCAACAACCUCAAAAUUCAGAUAUUAUAAUUAAGGGGAACGUUUCAUCCUCACCAAGAUAUAAACACACACAAACACACAGGUUAUUGCUGUGCUCAGGAUCAGUUUACAGAAUCUUCUGGAAUACAGCAAGUGUGUAAAACAUCAAUAAGAAAAGAAACAAUUCUUUUCGCUUCGGUCAGUUUUACUGAUAUAUUUAUUUAUUUUUCUUCAUGAGGAUGUUUUAUAGCUUGGAUCUGAAACCAGCAGCGGGAAGCUUCAGCAUUUGCCUAAUCUCAAAGGGUCAUUUCUGCUCUGUCUGGUUAAAGCAUGACUUUAAAGCUGAACUGGUUGAUGGUAUAACGUGUAGAGGAGCUGAACACACACCUCACCUCUAUCCUGUGUGUUACAGGAUGUUUUCUGACGGCUUCUUAUCUUAUCGACCACAUAAAUAAAACAAGCUGGAGUUUUGUUCUUGUGUGGAGACAGAGAUCAGUGACACACACACACACACACACACACAGUGUCAGGAGGAGUGUGCGAGUUGUGUUUACCUGCUCAUCUGAGAAACGAAGGUUGGCGGCUGUUGUGUUCCGUGUGCACUUCAGUUUUGUUUUGUUUUGUUUUUAGUCGCACAUCAUGUCAUGUAUCUUCUAUUUAUUUUACUGCUAGAAACAUUUUCUGAAAAUAUAUAAUUGGGUGUAGUUGUAUUUUUCAACAAUAAAAUGGACAAAAAUCACAAAAGGCCUGGAGGUGUUUCCCCUGUUCCACUCAGUGCAUGGAAACUGAUGGAUUUAUUAUUUAUUUGUUGUGUGUGUAAUUAUAUCUUACAUUAUUGAACUUUUUCCUCUUCCGCCAUCGGUCAGAUUUAUUCUUUACGUGUUACUGUGCAGCACUUUGAUCUGAUAAAGUUCUCUAUUAUUAUUAUUAUUAUUAUUAUUAUUAUUAUUAUUAUUAUGCAAGACAAAGAUCUAAAACUUUGAGGAUUGUAAAAUGAAUUUAACGUGAAAAUCGUCUGUGUUUCUAUUAAAAAAUAUAUAUAUAAAACUUACUCGUGUUUGAUUUGGAGGAAAGAAUUAAUUCUUCAUCUUGCUGGUAAAGAUAGCAUUUUAUUUUAAAAAAAGAUGGAAAAAAAAGAGAGAGAUGAACAAAAAAAAGAAGAAAAAAAAGAAGAGAGCCUGGUGAUGCAAGAUUGAAGCGCUGUGAGGAAUCUCGCUCCGGCGCGGCCUUUCGCAUGUACAAAAAAAAAAUCCACUUGCAGACAAAAAACGUGGAGGAUUCGUUUCCUUUUUUUCCCCCCCACAGGCCACCAGUGAGAGAUAGAGAGAGAGAGAGAAAGUGUGUGUGUGUGUGUGUGCGCACUCGUUCGCUACAUGCAACUGGACUCCACCUGAGCUUCAGGGUUUACAUUUUAGAGGGAAGAAGAUUUACAGCACGGCCUCAAUAAGUUAAAAACUAUAGCAAAAGGUUUCUUUCUGCUCAAAUCUCACUAGAUACAUUUACAAUAUAAUACCUGUGACAAAAUAAACUGUUCCCCGAUUUAAAAUGCAACCCGAAAUCCUCAUCGUUGUGAAUAAAAUGAGAUUUACAUGUCUGCUUUAUCGCUGCCACUGUUCUGUUUUUUUUCUUCUUUUACUUGGAAAUUAAAUACCAAAGAAAAAAAAAUCAUAAAAAAA